GCGCCCACCAGCUGUUCUAAUAACACAUCAGAAGUUUGGAGGAGAAUUUGAUCUUUCUGAAUUUUACUUUAUAAUAACUGAGUUUUAAAACCUUUAAUGUACGAAAACAGCGAUUACAUAACCUAUUAAGUUAUGCGUUUAUGAUACUAAUAAUAGCUUGCCAUUUACAGGACGAUGGUGUUCAACAUGAAACACGCUCGGAUUUAUGGGGACUCGGUGUGACAUUAAUUAACAGACGAAGACGUAACAUACGAAGAGAAACUGCAUAUGUGUAUAGCUAGCUAUUAUUAUGUACCAAGUUUUAAGUUCGUACAGCAGACAAAUUGACGUUUUCUUGCCAACAGUCCACUUCCUUCUCGCUCGGUUCGGGCUGUGUGGGGCCGGCGUGUCAUCGGUACAGGGAAACAAAUUAAUUGUCAGAAACCGACAUGAUGCUCGUUGUCGAUCCCAACGCUAAUGGACUAGGCCAGCUCGUUAGCUAACGUUAACAGACACGGAGGCGAAGUUGAGACUUCGGGCGUGGAGGAAAGAAAGUGCUCAGCAAGAUACUUUUAAAUUAAGGAUAAACAAGGAUUUAACGGCAGCCAGAACAAAGCCAGCACUAGAAGAGCCAUCAGAAGAAGGAGUGUUUAAGUUAGAUGGAGAAUACAAGAGUGACGCCAGGCUUCAAGGUAAGGCUAUGCCUCAGAAUCAUAUGAACUUCGAGGGCAGAAGAAGCCGAACACGUCGCAAUACCUAUAAAGCCAAUCCUCCAGCCGACCGACUGGGUCUGGACACAGGUUUGGUUUAUGGAGCAUUUGUUCACAAUGGCUUCUCAGCUGCUGCCACUGGAACCAGUGAAAACACACCAGCCAGCGCACUGUGUCAUACCAAACCACUGUCCAUGGUUAAUGGAUAUAUUAACCACGGGUUCCAAGGCGAGAGUGCAAAAGCAACACCCAUAAGGAUACUCAGGAAACAAGGAAGCCCCAUUUCUGUUGCUGCUGCAGCUAAUAGGGUCAGCAAUGCAGACGAUCCAGGUGCUACCUCAGUCAGUGGGGACACCACUUCGGACGCUGUUGCUCUGCCCCAAACGUUUGGCCAAAUGGAACCAGAGCCCAGUUCAGCAGCAAGAAAAAAACAAAGAAGGAAGGCAUUCAAAAACAAGAAGAGAAAUACUGAAGUUGCCUUUCCGGAUAGCUCUGCACCCCGACUGAUGCCACCACAAGAGAAGGAAGACUGGGAAAAUGAAAUCCAAGACGUCACAACUACUGACUGGGAAAAGAUGUGUCCUGGGCUCAGACUUUACGGUCCAGAAGAUGUGCUUCUAUCUGAUUUACGGGAUUUGACACUUAAGCAGAGGGAUGACCUGCCAGUGACACCCAGUUACAGCCCGGCUAUCCACCACCCAAGACCCAUCCAAUGGUCCUGCUACAACAUUCCCACCGAGCCAGACCAGUUUGCAGACGCUGAUGAGUAAUCCAAGCGUAUGCCCAUUUGUUAGAGAAAGUUUGUAUCAGUAUGUGAACAUCAGAUUAACUGCUAGCCCUUAGAAAAUCGCCAUACAGAGCAGAAAAUCACUGAGUACCUGUGGGUAGAAUAUUAGUUUAGUAAGCUUCUGACGUCUUUUUUUUUUCAUCUUUAGCAUUAGUCGGAUAAAUUAAUGAACCCAGGUUCAUCUAUGCAAGGUUUCAGAAUCAAAUUAUUUUAUAGGGUGGAGUCUAGGUUGAAAGUUAUUUUAUUGUUGAAGUUUUUAUUUAAUAUUUUAUAUUAAUGUUUUAUAUGUUUUAUAACGCAAAAUAAUUAGUUCUUAAGGGAUGGUUUAGGUUGUCUAUCAUACUUUGCAGUUGCACAGCUGCAGUGAGCACUGUUACUGAAAAAUAGUCGUACUUCGUUUACAUUUCAUAUUUUCAAAAUUUCUUUCCAUCUUUAAAGAGUUAAAAAUGUUUUUACAAAUGUUUUUGUGUUUUAAAAAUGUCCAAAAAAGGAACACUGUUCUCAGAAGUUGCUCUCUCGAUCUGAUCAAUUUUAUUGUUUAUUGGCUCCUCACAGUUAGUACGUGAGGUAUCCAUUAUAAUUUUAAAAUUCCAACUUAACUAAGAAAUUAUGGUAUGAUUGUGUUGCAACAACACUGAUAUCUGCAUGUUGAUACCAUCAUUUUCACUUUCAACAAUAAUAAAUUCCAGCUUCUUCUAA